UAGCGGAAAGCAUGGACUGAGCUUGCUACGGUCUUCGGGAGAUAGCAUUUGAAGGUUUGACGAGAAUGCAUGGAUUGGUGUCGUAUCGAUGUUCUCGGAAGAGCUCGGUCGCUACGUAGCGACCGAACUUUGGCUCGAGCCCGGUCGCUACGUAGCGACCGAGCUUUGGCUCGAGCUCGGUCGCUAUGUAGCGACCGAGUGGGUCAGACGUUCGGUUGCUAUGCAGCGGCCGAUAUCAGCCCGGACUUGGUUGCUACGUAGCGACCGGACGGCGUGUAUGCGCGGUAAUUACGCAACGACCGAGCUUGGUUUGUUUGGUUUGAAUCUUCAAGGAUACUUCUUCGUAAAAACUUCGUAUUGGUUAUAUUUUACGAAAGCUAUAUCUUUCUUUUUACUAUCUCUUUCGGAAAUACGAUCUCCGAGGAUUUUCGGGUGGUAAUUCCGUCGUGACCGUUUUUGACCCCAACAUACACUAAGUAAACACCUCACCAAUUAAGUAUUUGAUCAAGAGACAAAUCCUAUCAAUCAUCUACAGUUUCAAUCAUGCAACACUAAUUUAUAACUCUUUAAUCAUCUAUCUAGACUCACCUUUAAAUCCAUGAGAUUGGCUAAGGAAGACUAUACUCGAGCUCAAGCUAAUCACACUCGCCUUCUGGAAUAUUCUCGAUUUAAAACCACCACAAGGAUCUGGCUGAUCCGAACACUAUCCUUGACCAUCUGUACCAAUAGCAGAACGGUUGGAAAAAAGGUUAAUCGGUCCGGUUCAACCCCACAGUUCAAGAUUCUUGGCAGCUACAAAGGCAAGUUCAAGGCAGCUUCAGUUUGGUUCAAACAUAAAUCGUUUCAGUUAAGUUGUCUAGAUGCUAGGGGACCAUUAACUGAACUAAUAUAAAUCCACACAAGGGAUUAAGAAAUUAAGCCAGAGUGGAAGAACAACAACUCAGCCAGCUGGUUACAAUCUAAACUGAUCUGGAUCAAAAGGCAAAACAGUUUACCAGUUCAAAUCAAACAUUGUCUGAACUCGACUGAUACUCCACCUUAAGAUGAAGCCACGCCAAACCUGAUCAGUAUCACAUCAAGAAAAGGUCGGACUCAAUCAGAACAAAGCUAAAUCGCAGUCAAUCCAACAGAAAUGCUCACAUAAAACUGAUCCACACAACAACUUACAUCUUUACCGAUAAAAAUAAAAGGCUGAAGAACAUGGGUGAUUCUCAACUUCAGGAAACCAAAUCUCCAGCGCUUUACCACACAAAUACUCACUGAUGAAAGUCACAAGAUGGUGAGAAAGGGUCGUCCAAGCUAACUUCUCUUCCCUGAUUGUUUUCUAAAUUUUUCAACUGUUAAGAACAAUGUGGAUUGCUAGUAACCAUAUCAAGGAAGAACGGACCGCGUCCAGGCCCAAGACCAAGACCGCGUCUGCAUAGGAGAGAGAGGCGGCUAAAGAUUAAGCCGACUAUAGAUUAGGAUGAUUUCCUUUUCUCUUCGUGUUUAUCUUUAAGUAGUUUUCCUAUUCUCUUUAGGAAAAGGAUUUGUACUCUUUCCAUUUAUCUAUUCGUUGUAAUCCCUAUAUAAGGGAACACUUUGAUUAAGUAAUAUGACACACGAUUUCCCCUAUUGUUCACAACACGUUAUCAGCACGAUAGCCUCUAAAUCCCUGAGACCAAAAUCGAAACCUAAAAGCCUAAACCGGCAACUCAAAGCUAAAACCCUAGACGUUUCCUGUUCAUCCUAAAAACCUUGACGUCCUCAAGACCGAACGUCCUCAGCUUCCUGAUCGCGUCCUCAGCUCGCACACGAGAAGAACGCAUCCGUCCAAGAAGACCUCGCACCCGAGACAGCUCGCGUCUGUCCUCAGCUCGCGUCCGACUACAUCCGCGACCCGAUAGGAGGCAGCAAGCGUCCAUUCUUCUCAGCUCGAAGUUUCAUCCAUUCUCAGGUGGUCCGGUUCUAUACCUCUACGAAACAAAGGUAUAAACAUAAUCUGAGAACCUAGAUAGAGAACAUAAACCCUAAUCCAUCAUUAUGGAAACCAUAAAAAGAAACUACAAGAUUAAAAUCGACAAGUCUUAAAACUAGAAAGAUAAACGAUUCCAACUAGAAUAUGAUUGUAUGUUGAUUGAUUAAAUCUGAAAUCUGACAAACCCUAUUGAAGGAAUCGAAAACCCUAAACCCUAAAAGAAGUUAGAAUCCGAUUUUAAGAUUGAUCUUGCUUGUUUGAUUUCUUGCUUGAUUUGAGGUUUAGGAUUGUUAGAUUGUUUGAAAUAAUCUAACUAAGUAUACAAAUACUUAAGGCCUUGAAACCUUAACACAAGGUUGAUAGAAUUUAAAAGAUUGAAAACCCUAGGUAUUAUAAAAGAAGUAAGUAUAAGGUAUAUUGCUUUACAUGAAUCUGAACAUGGUAUUGCAUUCAUAACUAAUUGAAACAAGAUCGACCAGCAUAUAGAUCACGCGAACUUAGGUUGCUUGCAUUAGUAAACCUAUAUGGCCGUGUGGCUGAUGAUUGAUAGCACCAUGGUCGAUUUGUAUUGUUUUGAACAUCAUAAAUGCGUAAGACAUGUUGUGGCCGAGCUUGCUUAUAUCCUGCGGCCACGUGAUCACAUUAUGAACCUAAAAUCUUAUAUGAUAAUGUGAUUCAGAUGUCGAAAAUAGCAAACAGAGACUACGCAGCCCUUAAUCUCUCCGGAGACAAUUACUUGCAGUGGGCGCUAGAUACAAGGAUCAGUCUAAAGUCCAAGGGACUCGGUGAUACUAUCACCGAGGACAACAAUGAGAAUGAAAAGAAUAGAUACAGGGCCAUAGGCCUUAUGUGCCAUCAUCUCAUUGAAGGUCUUAAAAAUCAGUACAUGACAAUUGAGAAUCCACUAGAUCUUUGGAAUGCUUUAAAGCAUAGAUAUGAUCACCAAAAGAUGGUGUUGCUUCCAAAGGCAAGGCACGAUUGGAUGCAUCUAAGGUUCUUAGACUAUAAGUCUGUGGAUGAGUACAAUUCAGCCUUAUUCAAGAUAGUUUCAAUACUAAGGCUUUGUGGUGAAGAAGUAUCCGAUAUGAUGAUGCUUGAAAAGACCUAUACGACUUUCAAUCAGUCGAAUUCUGUGUUGCAAGAGCAAUAUAGGACAAAAGGUUUUGCCACAUAUACUGAUCUGAUCUCAUGUCUACUCUUGGCCGAGGCAAAAAAUGAGCUCCUAAUGAAGAACAGUGGAGCCAGACCGGCCGGGACAGCACCAUUACCCGAAGCCCAUGAGGUUGAAAAGAAAGAUCCCAAAGAGACCUACUUCGCCCAAGACAACAGGAAACCAUACGGCAAUGGCCGUGGUGGAUACAAGAGGCGUGGGCGUGACAAUCAUAACGCUCGAGACAACUACUCAACCGGCCGAAAAGGAAACCACAAUAACCGUGGUCGUGUUUCCGAUUACGGCCGGGGUCGAGGCAGUUACGGCCGUGGACGAGGUGGCAUAUCCAAACCAUCUUACACGUCCAAGUCAGUAUGCCACAGAUGCGGGAUGGACAACCAUUGGGCCAAGAAUUGUAGAACUAUGAAACACUUGUGCGACCUCUACCAAGAGAGCCUCAAGAACAAGAACCCGGAGGCAAACAUGAUCCAAGAAAACGGUCAUGAUGACAAAGGAUAUGGAUAUGAUGCUGACAAUGAAUCCGACAAAGAUAACAAAGAUGACCUAAUGGAUUUUGAGACAUCUGAUUGUCUCAAGGACUAGUUUUCGAAUCACAUUGUCUUAUUGCUUUAUGUCUUUGAUUUGGUGUU